AUCCUCUCCUCACGUCGAACGGACUGCGGCACCGUCACCAUGUCCCUGGCGGCCUCGGCGGGCCGGGGCCCGGGGGCCGUGUGGUCCCCAACGCACGUGCAGGUGACAGUGCUGCAGGCGCGGGGCCUGCGGGCCAAGGGCCCCGGGGGCACGAGCGACGCGUACGCGGUGAUCCAGGUGGGCAAGGAGAAGUACGCCACCUCGGUGUCGGAGCGCAGCCUGGGCGCGCCGGUGUGGCGGGAGGAGGCCACCUUCGAGCUGCCGCCGCUGCUAUCGACCGGGGCCGCGCCGGCGGCCGCCGCCACCCUGCAGCUCACCGUGCUGCACCGCGCGCUGCUUGGCCUCGACAAGUUCCUGGGCCGCGCCGAGGUGGACCUGCGGGAGCUGCACCGGGACCAGAGCCGCCGGAAGACGCAGUGGUAUACCUUGAAAUCCAAACCAGGAAAGAAGGAUAAAGAGCGAGGAGAAAUUGAGGUUGACAUCCAAUUUAUGAGAAACAACAUGACUGCUAGCAUGUUUGACCUUUCCAUGAAAGACAAGUCUCGGAAUCCAUUUGGGAAACUGAAGGACAAGAUCAAGGGGAAGAAUAAGGAUACUGCAUCAGAUACUGCUUCAGCCAUCGUCCCCAGCAUGAGCCCCUCAGCUGACAGUGAUGAUGAGUCUUCUUUGAAAGACAAGAAAAAGAAGUCAAAGAUCAAGAACUUGUUUUCCAAGUCUAAUUUGCAGAAGACGCCGCUUUCCCAGUCCAUGUCUGUCCUGCCUACAUCAAAGUCAGACAAAGUGCUGCUUUGUCCUGGAGAAUUUCAGUCCCGGUGGGAGGAUGAUGACAAUGAGGACGAGUCCUCCUCUGCCUCGGACGUCAUGUCUCACAAGAGAACAGCAAGUGUGGAUCCUAAGCAACUGAACCAGAUCAACUUCAACCUUCCCAAGAAGGAAGGACUCUCCUUUCUUGGUGGCCUUCGGUCUAAGAAUGACUCCCUUUCCCGCUCUAAUGUCUGUAUCAAUGGGAACCAUGUUUACAUGGAGGAGCCGGAAGCCAAGAGUGAGACCAAAGACAGCACCCCUUCUCCUUCCCCGUCGCCCCAGGGCUUCAGGAAGAAGCAUUUGUUCUCAUCUACAGAAAACCUGGCUACUCGGUCUUGGAAGGAGCCUGGGGAAGGAGGGGCAGUGUCUUCUGAUAGGGGGCUCUCUGAGUCUGCCACAAAAGACUCUCUGAAAUACAUGUCUCUGCCAUCCUACCGGCCACUGGUCAGUGGGGACAAUAGGGAGAACCUGGCUCCAGCGACCUUGGAGGCUGCAAAAGAAACCAAAGAAAGCAAGAAGCAGGAGAACAAGAAGUCCUCCUUGCUUUCCCUGGUGACGGGAAAGAAGGAUGUGGCCAAGGGCAGUGAAGGCGAAAGCCCUCCUACCAUCCCGUGGAAGGAGAGGGAGAAGGAGAGGGAGAAGGAGCAGGAGAAGGAGGGCACGCUUAGGGAAGUCAGACCGGGGGAGGGUGGGUCAGGGCCUGCUGAAGACCUCGUGAAAAGAUCCGAGAAGAAUACUACGGCUGUUGUCUCUGGACGGGGUAAAUCCCUGAACCCCUUUGAGGAAGUGCAGAUCACAGAACCGGAAACUGACCCAGAGCCCAAGUCAGAACCUGCACCCCCUGUGACCUCUGCAAGGGCACCCCAGACCAAAGCCGUCAAACCUCGACUGGAAGUGUCUCCAGAGGCUCAACCCACAGCCAGGCUUCCUUCUUCCUCUGAGUCUCCUCUCUUUUUUUCGGCUCUUCCUUUCACUUCUGGCCAGACACCUGUCCCUUCUGAAUUGGGGCAUGAUUCAGAGACACAGUCCUCUGAAUCUCCUUCUGUCUUCUCCUCUUUCUCCUCUCCCAUAGCAGCUCCCAUUUCCACAUCCACUCCGAUUAAAAACUGGCCUUCCACAGACCAGGGCCAGGCUGCUUCUGAAGCACCACCUUUGCUCCUUGAAGAAGAGAGUUUAACACAAGUUCCAAACACUGUUUCUUGUGCCUUGGGGUCACUUGCCAAACAGCCACCCAUUCCAGUGUGUGAAGGGAUGGAAGAUUCUCCAAUGGGGAAGACCAGUGAGAUAGGCACAGAGAAGAAUAGUAGUGGUAACGACUCAGAAAAGUCUCUCCUGAAGCAGCCUGAAAUGGGGCAACAAGAAGAACUUCUGAGGGUCCCCCCCACAAAACAGCAAGGCCACAUCCCUUCAUCUGAAGAGGCCCCGGAAGUAACAAUUGCCCUUUCACUCAGAAGUGGCAGGAUUGAAAGCCCAGCUGGGAAGCCUCUGAUGGGGGAAAACACGGACUUGGAGAGUCCGUCUAGGUCUUUUGUGGAGAGUGAAGGAAGGGAUGGCGGAAUGUCUGUAAUUGAAGAAGCAGCGCCCCCUCUUCAAGUGGGAGAGUCGGUCCCCCCACUUGACUCUGUGAUGCGGAGACCUGAAGAGAUGGGUCUUAAUGUCAGCAAGGGCCGAAAGAAAAUCAAGAAGCGAGUGUCAUUUUCUGAGCAGCUCUGUACGGAAGAGGAGGUGGAGAAGUCCACUGGGUUGGUCAGUCCCCGGGAGCUGAUGUGUGAAGGGGCUCCCGCUGGAGACGUGUCUGACGGAGAGCCUGCUGAGUCUCCCCACAUGGGAGACUCAGAGAGGGAAGCUGUGACUGAACUCGGGCCGUUGAGUUACAGUGUACCAGCUUCUGUGGCGGAUCACUUCCCCCUCCCCUCUCAUGAGGCGGGUUUCUCAGAAGGCCCCACGAGUGAAGCAAGCUCAGGGAAAGACACUCCACUCUUGAGCGUUGAGGGAGACAGUACCCUUAUGGCUCAAAAUCAGAGCAAAGCCAGUGAUCAUGAAGGUUUAUUGUCUGAUCCCCUGAGUGACAUUCCGUCUGCCUCAGAUGUUAAAUCUCCAGUCAUGGCUGAUCUGGACUUAACCCUUCCGUCCAUUCCUGAAGUCGCAUCGGAUGAUGAAAGAAUAGAUCAGGUUGAAGAUGACAGAGAGACAGCCAAGGUGGCAACUCUGGAAGUAGGAGCUUCUUCCUUGAGUGGGUUACCUGCCUGUCCUGAGAAGGAAAAGGGGCUGAGUGGUGAGGUAGAUGGGUUGGCAGCUCCUGCAGAGAGUGCGUGUGACCUCAGGACAAAAGCACCCAAAGCAUCUGUUACAGCUUCUUCAGAGCAGACUACAGCUUUGGGAAUUCAUAAACCGUAUCUUGGCAAGAGCUCACACUUGGAUAAACAGCUGCCAGGCACUGGCAGUGGCGAGGAGGAAAAACUGAUGGGAAAUGGGAGGCCAGGUCAGCCUCCUGAUGCGGCCCUGGAAUCUCUUAUAUCUGGCCCCUCCUUUUCUGAGACCUUUCCUGCCACACACUCUUUCUCCAGCUCUCCACACUCUGACACUCACCACACCAGUACAGCAGAAUCUCAAAAAAAAGCAACAGCAGAGGGCUCCGCUGGUAAGGUGGAAAAUUCUGGCAAGAGGAAGCCGCUUCUUCAGGCCUGGGUCUCACCCUCAGAGACACAUCCAGUCUCACCUCAGCCAAGCGCUGGAACUGGGUCAGCCAAGCACAGACUUCAUCCUGUGAAGCCAAUGAACACAACAGCCACCAGGAUUGCUAACUCCAGCUUGGGAACUGCCACCAUCAUUAGUGAGAACUUGAUCAACGAAGCCAUGAUGAAGAAAUACAACCCCUCGGACCCCGCUUUUGCUUAUGCACAGCUCACCCACGAUGAGCUGAUCCAGUUGGUCCUCAAACAGAAGGAAACAAUAAGCAAGAAGGAGUUUCAGGUUCGAGAGCUAGAGGACUACAUCGACAAUCUGCUAGUCAGGGUCAUGGAAGAAACCCCCAACAUCCUCCGAAUUCCGGCUCAGGUCGGCAAAAAAGCAGGGAAGAUGUGAAUCGCCAGCAUACGACACUGAGACUUUUCUGUGAGUUUGUUUCCACCUGCUCCUGAGGUCAAGGACCCAGUGUGCCUGAUAACCAGCGUCCAGGCUCUGCCUCAGGAUCUCCCUUGCAUGUUAUCUGGCAGGAGUCAAUUCUACCAGCUGAAGCCAGGUUAAUUAUUACAAUGAAUCUUUUACUGUACGUUCCCAGGGUUUUGUUUUUAAAUGCCACUGUGCCUUUAACUAUGUUGUAAAUAUUUUAUGCCCCAACCAGAGACACGUCAUAAGAUCUGAUCCUGGCCCAGAGAUUCAGACAGCGCUGGGACUACUAAUGUAUUUUAACACUGGGGUUUUCUUUCUUUGAUAUUGAGAUUUUAAAUUACAUAUCCCCCAGUCAUUGAAGCCUGGGGGGAAAUGAGAAGGACCAUGCAGUGGGUGCUGUGUUACACACACUUUCUCGGCUUUUGAGUAGCUCAGGCGUGGCUUUUUGGCCACAGAUGCUAAAUGUUGAUACCAUGUAAACCUACUGGGCUUCUUGGACUGUCUUGUUGUUUUGACUGGAGCAGAAGAGUUUAGGGAAAGCCUCUGAGUGUGCCUUUUAGAUUCUGAACAAGCUGCCUUUUCAAAACAUCAGCAUCUACUACUCUCCAGCCUUCACAUGUGCUCUUUAUCGAUCCAGAGGGCCUGUCUAUGGAGAUAUGAAAAGCAGACUAGGGGAAUUAGUGAGUCCGUUUGCACUUGAGGAAGGGUCAGCGUCCCUUCUCUCAGGGUAGCAGGGGCCCGCUGGCUAGAAUGGCCUGGUCAGAGCCUUGAUAAGCACUUACUAAAACGGCUCCACCAGCGAAUGAAUGAGUUCAGUAGGAUUCCUUCAGUCUUUUCUUCCUGUGCCCUCCCACACUUGGUCCCUUCUUAAAUAAUAGCACCAGUUCAGAUUCUUCAGGGAAUUUCACUGUUAGUAGUAACCUGAUAUUGGGACUAGAAUGUUUCUGUAUUUCUCAUUUUUUUCUCCUAGUUGUGACCGAAUCUCAUCAGAUCUUGAUGUCUCUCCUGGGGGUAGAAUAUCACAGGCCCAUGGGCUGGGCAGGGGUUGAGAUAAUAGGAGUUAUUAAAUGGGGUAUUUCUUUUCUGUAUGUUCUUGUUAUACUGAGGUUAAGAGGCAAGAUUCUUGGCAGCGGGAUCCUUCUUCAGGAUCACGUUUGCUGCAACGUUAGUUAUAUCAGAGCACUUUAAUCUGAAGGAUGAUACUGUAACUUGAUUUGUCUAACUUCCUUUUAAUUAUCUAUAGCGAUUUUAUUUAAUUUUCUCCUACAGUCCUGGGGACCACGGUAAACUUCUCAGAUGACUUGUAUUUUUGUAGUGCUAUGAAAUUUAUUUACAUACUUAUAAAAGAGCUCUUUAUGAAGCUCUCUUGAAGUCUGAAAAUAUACAUGUAUAUAUUUGUUCUGCAAUCUGUUUUUUACUUGAUAUAAAUGUAUAUUGACUGUGAUAACCCAAGUGCACUGGGGGCAGGUGUACUCUGCAUGGUUUCUCCUUUGAAGAGCGGGCGUGGAAACCUGAACUGCUCACGAGAGGUGUUGGUUCGUAGGAUCUGGGGAACGUGACUCGGUGAGCGUUCGAGAGGGACGUCUGGGUGCAGGAGUGAGUUCCUGUGCUCUGAAAUGCUACUUGGAGACUCUGGUGAAUGAAGGACAAUUUACUUCAAGGGUGUCUGGCUUCUACCACUGCUGGAAAAAAAAUUCAAUUUAUAGCAUUCCUGCACCUCACCAAGUAGAUAACCUGGAGGUCAUUAGUUAAUAGCUGUCCUUGAGGACUCUACUUUGGGGGAAAAUUUAUCUGGGAAAAGCUUUAGCCUGCUCUGAGCCAUUAGCAGGGGCUGGUGAACUGGAGUGCUGGCGCUCCCGUAACUGGGGUGUGUCUGAGGGCAUACACCCAUCUACAUGGGGGAGCUGGGACCUGCCUCCAGCUGCUGUGAAUGCUAACCUAACUGAUAGGCCCUGGGAGGGGGCUGUGCUCUGGAGAAGCGGGGGCAGCUCUUUUCUUGGCCUUGCCUGGCUGCCUCCGGAAAGAGCAGUCAGUCCUUUAGGGAAGCAUCUGAUUAAAUACCAAACACCUUGCAAUGAACUUCAAUUGGAGGUCAGCUUCCUGAAAAAAUAUCAGUCCCUUGCCCGGUUGUUUCAUCUCAUCUCAUUCCUUGGACUUUGACAGGUGUCCUGCCCUCCCCUUUUAUUCCUGUGUGUCAACCUCAUCAGGGAGGCGGAAUGGAGGAGCAAGAAAGUCUGCCCUUUGCCAUGCGGAACAGCUCUUGGCCCUGAGUGAGAGGCGUGUGCACGCAUACAUGUGUGAGGGGGAUGAGUGUGUGUGGCUUCCAGCUUUGCUAACAGUGGGAGCUCAAUAGAAUGCAGAGGGAGGAAGGUCCAUGACACUCAGCCACAUGCUGUAUUGAAGGCUAGAGGCAAUUUAAUGUUAAAUUAUGCAGGAUCUUCCCUCCCUGGGUCACUUCUCCCAAUCAACCUUUUUUUCUUUUUUAGAACUACUAUUUAAUGAUCCCUCAAGGCUGAAAGAUUAAUGGCCUGAGGUGGAGAACUUAACCUCCUAGUAUCCACACCACCCUCAACUCUGGUUUCUCAAGAUCUGUCACGUGAGCUACUAACUUGACCCCUUCCUCCCUCCGAUUGAAGGACUGCCCAGCAGUUUUGGAUUAUAGAAUUAUUUCUUGCUUUGUUACUUUGGGAAUUUUGAAUUUCUUUGGUUUUGUUUUUAAGAAGUAACCUAAAAUUUCCUACAACACUAAAUAAAAUGGUACUACCUUUCGAAGAUUCGUGUCUGUGCUUUAG